CCCGACCCUACCAUCACGGGUGCCUCUCCCAAGACGGUCGGGUGUCGGUGCGUAGCGCCUGUUAACAAAACGAGUAAGGACAACGAUAAACUAAAGGAUAUGAAAAUGGACAAGAUCUGCAACCGGGGUAUGAAGUUGUAUGAACCGGAUGUGUGGACCCGUAGGGCAACCCUCGCCCUCGGGUGCUUCUGGGGCGUAGAGGCACAGUUCGGAUGCUCGCGGGAGGUAUUGAUCCGGACACGAGUGGGCUAUACGGGUGGCACGACACAGGACCCCACUUAUAGGAAUUUAGGCGAUCACACGGAGGUCAUUGACAUCGAAUACCACCCCAAUAGCACCACUUACGAGAGAAUUCUGACCAUGUUUUGGGAGGUCAACGACUCGGCAACCAAAUGCCGCAAACGGCAGUACAUGUCCGCCAUUUUCUACCACAACCCCAUUCAGAAGCGAUUGGCCGAGAAGUGGAUGGCAAAGGCGCAGAGAAAGUACGCGACGCCCAUACAGACCCCGAUAUUACCGUUGGAUGUGUUUCACGAGGCGGAGGACUAUCACCAGAAGUUUACGCUCAGAAGACACCCGAAACUGGUCCAGAGUCUGGGUCUGAGUGACAAACAGUUGAUUGGUUCGCAUAUCGCCGCCCGACUUAACGGCUAUUUGGUACACUUCGGCACAUUGGAGGCCUUCCGCAAAGAGGUGGACAAUUGGGGCAUACUUCCCACCAGAAGGACUAUGUGUUGA